UAUUUUUGCAUUUGCGAAGGUUCUUUCCAAGGCCCUGAGUUCUUUCCAAUUACAUGCUUGUUACAUUGAUUUGACGCAUUGAAUUAUCAUCAAUAUUAUCUGGAGGUUGACUACACCAUCCAGUUUCUUACUGAGGUAGACAGCAGGCAUCAAUAAGCAGGCUGUGGCUGUGGCACCAUGUCACACUGCCUGUGGCGGCUGCCCCAGCCAGUGCGGCUGAUCGUGCAGCAGCAGGUCCGGGGCCGGCUGAAGCUCCGUGGCCGGCCGCCGGGCGACGCUCUCUCACUGGAGGAGCGGCUUCGUCGUUUGGCGCCGCCGGCCGCUCCGGCUGUCAACAUCGGCUUCCAGCAGCGUCCGGCGCCGAGCCGCAUAGAGUACACGGAUGUGGUGCGCCGGAACCGGUCGGACGCGGCGCUGGAGCGGGCCGCGCGCGACCGCCAGCUGCGGCUGCCGCUGGCCGACGUACAGGCUGAGUUCGCCGCCAGCUCGCUGGGCCCCGAGCACGCGCGCAAUGUGGCCGAGCACUAUAGCGUCAUGGAGGGACUGUUCGGCGCCGGCGCCUUCUUCACACCCGUUCUGCCGCUGCGCGUGGCGUUCGCGACCUCCGCCGAGGAGGAGGCGGUGGUGCACCUCGGUAACGCCAUCAAGCCUGCCGAGGCCCUCACUGAGCCGGAGGUGACGUACGCCGCCCCGGAGGACUCCUUGUGGACGCUGCUGUGUACUAACCUGGAGGGCAGUCUGAGCGGCGACGCGCCAGAGGUGCUCCACUGGCUGGUGACCGACAUCCCGGGCGGUGCGGUGUUGCGCGGCCGUCAGCUGCGGCCCUACCUGCAGCCCCUGCCGUUCCGCGGCACCGGUUACCACCGGCUGGCGUUUGUACUGUUCAAACAGGACGGCCCGCUGCCGGAGGAGGCACCUCAGCAGAGUGGGGACGUGCUGGAGAGCCGCGGGUUCAGCACCGAGGAGUUCUACCGGCGCCACGAGGAGCGUCUGACGCCCGCCGGCCUGGCGUUCUUCCAGUCAGACUGGGACAGCUCAGUCACUGAGUUCUUCCACCGGCAGCUGGAGCGGCGCGAGCCCGUCUUCGAGUACGACUUUCCACAGCCGUACAUCCGACGCCAGCGGUGGUUCCCCAAAGGCGAGAGCGUGGUCCAUUACUUCGACAAGUACGCCGACCCGCGUGACCUCCAGAAGCAGAUGCUGCUCAAGAGACUCGCCAUGGUGGACCCCUUCGAGGGCGUGCGGGAGGGCCCCAAGUACCCGUUGGCAGUGCCCAAGAAGCGGGGCCAGCGGCCGCCCACCUGGGUUAUCAACGAGCAGCGCAAAGAGGCGCGCAAAAUCAGCAAGUAUUAUUACAUUGACCGGCGGCCUGAGACAGUGUUCGAUCCGAGCUGCUAGCGUUGGCUAGCGGACUGGGUACUGGAUUGUCUGGUGGGUAAAUGAGUGAGUGCGUACUGUUAACAUUGUUAUGCAAGGGACUGCUGGGAGUUUUGUGUGUUGUCGCCUCAGUUCGAGAGUAUGAGCUAAAUAAUGUGUGAUUUUAGAGGCAGUUUUCGAUGUCCGUGCUAUGUGUGAUUGUACAUUUUGUAUUUACUGAAUACUGACCGCAGCUCAAAUA